CAGUUUAUAAUAGAUACUUUGUCAUAAUUUUUAUAAUUUUAGUUGAAAAGUCAGUAAUACAUGUGCGGAAUGAAGAUCCAGUUGAAAAGUCUGUAAUUCACGUCAGAAAUGAAAAUGCAGUUGAGAGAAAAGAUGCAGUUAUUCACGUCAAUGGUGAAAGUCGAUCAGUUGAUAAAAAAGAUGCUGUCAUACAUGUGAAUGGUGAUAGUCGCUCAGUGGAGAAAAAGGAUGCAGUGAUACAUGUUCGCUCGGGAGCCCCAGAUUUAGAUAAAAAAGCAGUUAUACACGUAAGAGGAAACCCACAAGGAACAUUUUAUGAUUCCUCACUUGAUCUAGAAAAUUUAGGAAAAGCAUUUGGUAGGUUGUAAUGGUGAUAUAGAAAGCACCAUCUAGUGAGGGGGUAGAAAUAGAUGGUGCUUGUGUUUGGUUGACUGCAUUUAGGAAUAGCCAGAGGAGGGUGUGUAUCCAGAAUUCCCAGUACCCAGAGUUCCCACUCACAGUCAACAAGUAAAGAUCUUGGAUCCUUAGCAUCAUCUUGAACAAUCAUAAUUGUAGUAGUUCUAUCGAAUCUCUUUGUAAAGGGUGAAAAUGGAAAUGCUUAAAAAGUAUGGUGGUUUGGGUGAUCAGAUUUUACUUUUAUAAAUACUAAUAGAGUGUUUUAUUUUAGGAAUGGAGUUGUUUUAUUACCAGUACCUCAUAAUAUAAAACAAUUAUGUUCAUUCACCAUCAAACCUUUAUUUUCCAAUAGUUCUGUCUUUGUAUUUCUGCAUGUGCCUAAUAAAUUCUUAACAAUCUCGAUCAUUUUGCAAGCUUUGUACACGUGCCAUUGUUCAAUAGUAUAGUGUUCUUGUUAUUAGAGUCAGAGGUUGUGCUCAUUUGAUGAA